AUGGCAGUUUUACCAGAGGAUGAAACUUUGAUAGAGAAAAGAGAAGCAGAAAUGGUUUCACCUUCUGGUGGAAAAUCCACUUACAGAAUUGCCCAUUUCUUAAAUCCCUCAUUUUCUCCCUCAAAAAAAACACAAACCCUUUUAAACCCUCCUCCUAAAAUUUCUCAGUCUUCAAAACCCAUUUUUUCAAUUCUCAAAUCUCUCUCCUCAAAAGUCCUUUUUCAUGGCUGGAAAAACCCACUAAAGAAUUGGAAUUUCUGGGUCAAAAAAUUAAGCCCUUCAUGUAAAUCAAUUUGGAAGCAAUCAUGUAUAUAUGAAGCAAUCAUGGGUUCAACCCAUGAAAUUCCAAAAUGUAGAGCAUCUAUGUUUGCGCUUGCUGAGAAAUGGUGCCCAGAAAGUAACACAUUUGUGCUUCCUUGGGGUGAAGUUACCAUAACUUUGGAGGAUGUUAUGGUUUUGGGUGGUUUUUCUGUAACAGGGGAAUCUGUUUUGAGUGAAAUUAGUUCCAAGAAUUUGCUUGAGAUUGAGGAGAAGUUGCUCAUGGGACGUUCAGAGAUGAUGAGGACUAAGUCUAAGAAGGCUAGCCAGCAACAAUGGUUGGAGAAUUGGAUGGGAAAGGAGGGAACUUUCGAGCACGAAGCGUUUUUGUGUUUGUGGUUAUCAAGGUAUGUUCUGCCUGCUGAUGAUCGUAGUACUAUGAAUAAGAGUGUGUUUCAAAUUGCUGUGCUUUUAGCUAGAGGCACUAAGAUUGCAUUGGCGCCGGCUGUUCUUGCUUGUAUAUAUAGAGAUUUGAGGUUGUUGAAAGAGAAGAUUGUAAGUUUAAGAGAUUUAGGUGAUCAAGAUGAUACAAAUGUGACAAAAGUUGUCCUUUGGGCUCCCUUGCAAUUAUUGCAAGUUUGGAUUUGGGAAAGGUUUCCAACAUUGAGCCCAAAAUCUAAUCCUAUUAUGAGUACUGAUAUGCCUAGAUUAAUGAGGUGGAACAAAGUGAGAACAAAUUUGAGAGCUGAUGAUUUGGGUCUGGAUGUUGAUUCUGCUGGUGAUGAUUUUAGGUGGAGACCUUAUUCGAUGUCGUUGAACAAUUGGUCAUUCGAAUUUGAUUUGCAGUCUUAUGGUAGAUGUAUAAGGGUCAGUCAACUGGUUGGAUUGGAUUGUAUUGAGCCAUAUUUCCCUCAUCGAGUAGCAAUGCAGUUCGGACUUGACCAAGAUAUCCCGGUUGCUUUCCCUCGUUUGAGUGACACGGCGAAGGAGACUGCUUGGAGGAAUUACAAUAGGCCAAUCGAAGACAUCAAGUUGUACAUGCCACAAAAGCUAUUUGAGUCGGAUGUUACAAUGCGUUAUUUGGAGUGGUGGAAGAAAUCAACAGUUAUGAAUGGAAAGGCUAAGUGUGUGGGAGAGAAAGGACACGCUGAACUGAGUCCUCUACCAUGCCAAGCUACCUCAAAGAUGUCAGAAAAAGGAGUCGCGGAACCUACUACUCAACCAUGCCUAGGUUCCUCAAAGAUAUCUAUGACAGCAGCAGAGAGGGUGAGAAUCAAAAUGGAAAAGAAUGAAGCCGAGGUACCUCCUGGUUUCAGUCCGAAAGGCAAAAGGGUAUUGACUGAUGAUUCCUCUGAUCAAUAUAAAUCUAGCUCUAAGAAGUCCAGACUAUCUCCAAGUCAUCCUGUUAUUGAUAUUGAGAGCAGUGAAUCUAAUGCUUCUCGUGGUUCUUCUUUCCAAACUAAAGGGGUGAAACCUGAUGAUAAUUUUGAUGAUCACCAAACAUUGACAGAAUUGUUUGGGUUAAAGGGUGUUGUAAACGAAAAUAGAAGCCGUACCUUGUCAAUGAGCCAUCGCGAGAGCCCUUCAUCUUCCGCAGGAGAUAAUGCUUUUAUGCAAGCGACUGGAUUCGGAACAAACUAUGGAGUACGCAGUUUUUCGAAUGAAGAAUGUACUAGGAAAGAAGUCGAUGUUGAAGACGGAACUGAGAGUAAAGCUGGAAGUCCAAUUAGUAUUGACAAGGACAGGGUUCAAACCAGUUUCGAUGGUGCUUCUGAGUCUCCAGAUAUUGAUCUAUUAGGUCGAAUUGCUCGGCUGCAGAGAAUUGUAGACAUGGUGAUAGCAGCCAAAAUUAGCAAGGCCUAG